CCAGUCCUGACCAUAGUAGCUCUUGUUUGAAACACAAAAUUAACAUUAAUUUGAUACUAAAGUCAUGCAUCAGCAGUAUUUCUCGUUGAUUGUGCUAUCUCUUUGCUGUUUUCCACUCAUCCAUGCCUUCCUUAACAUGGCCGAUGUUGACUGCGGAAUGGCCAAACUUCGCAAAGCCAAGAUUGUCAACGGAGUAGACGCUGCGGAAGGAGAAUUUCCUUGGAUGGUCUCGUUAGUGGGUCUGCGCGGUGAGCGAUUCUGCGGCGGCGCCCUCAUCCAUAAGAAAUGGGUCCUGACUGCAGCCCAUUGCAUCACGAAAGAAGCUACGCAAUUUCAUGUGGGCGUGGCAGGUCUUGAUAUGAAGGCUCGUGAUGGAACGGCCCGGAAGGGCAUUCGAUUGUUGCGCGUUAAUCGAAUCGUCAAUCAUCCCACUUACGAUCCUGUGAAGAGCAAAGUGGCCGAUGACAUCGCCUUAAUUCAAUUAGAUCAAGAAGCCGAAUGGAACGACAUGGUUCAACCUACUUGUCUACCCAAUCCGGACAAGGAUUCUUACACUGGAAUGGUGGCCACGGUGGCCGGCUGGGGUUUAACCAACGAAAUCAAAAACGGUGGUCAAAGACCGAACGCCCUCCAGAAGGUUGACCUACCUAUAAUUGAGAAUAAAGUAUGCCAAGAGUGGUACAAAGAUGAGAAGAAGCCGCUGACCAUUGUCGACACGUCCAUGUGCGCCGGAUUCGAACAAGGCGGCAAAGAUGCUUGCCAGGGUGACAGUGGAGGCCCGUUGAUGAUUAAAAAGGAUGGACGCCAUCUACUCGUCGGUGUCGUUAGUGCCGGCGUCGGUUGUGCACGACCUCGACUGCCCGGCCUCUACACCCGCGUCAACAAAUAUCUCGAUUGGAUCUCAGAGUUGGUACGCGCAGUAUGAACUCAAAUUUUCCGUAAUGGUUUUCGUUUGUAUACAAUCUGUACAUAUAACUAUAUUUACGACUAAAUUAUGAACAGAGCCUUUCUUGUACAUUAAAAAAAAUAUUGAU